GUUAUCUUCUUCUUCUUCUUCUCUCUUAUAUUGUUGUCGUCGAUCUCGAAGAAAAAGCCUCUCACCAAAGGGUUUGGUUAAUCCCGACUGAGAUCUCUGUUGUUACUGAGAAGAGAAGAUGGCCGAUCACGUUGAAGAAGAGCGAGAGACAUUCAUUGAGAAGAUCGCUGACAAGAUUCACGAUCACGAUUCUUCUUCGUCUUCUUCCGAUUCCGACGACGAUACGAAGAACCCUACCGCCCAUUCUUCUGCUUUCCAGACCAAGGUCUUUCGUCUCUUUGGAAGAGAGAAACCUGUACACAAAGUUUUGGGCGGUGGAAAAUCUGCUGAUGUUCUUCUGUGGAGAAACAAAAAAGUAUCAGCUACUGUGGUUGGCUUUGCCACUGCUGUAUAUGUUCUCUUUGAAUUGCUCCAGUAUCAUUUGCUCACACUUACAUGUCAUCUAUUGAUACUUGUCUUGGCAGUCCUUUUCUUAUGGUCCAAUAUUUCCUCUUUUAUCAACAGGCCUCCACCAGAAAUUCCAGAUUUCCACAUCUCUGAAGAUAUUAUUCGUGGGGUUGUGUCCACUUUGAGAGCAGAAAUUAACUGUGCUCUUAAUGUUAUUCGUGAUAUAUUAUCUGGAAGGGAAUUGAAGAAGUUUCUUGCUGUUGUUGCUGGCUUGUGGGUGAUCUCAGUGAUUGGUGCUUGGUCCAACUUUCUAACCUUAUCCUAUAUAGUAUUUGUGUUGCUGCAUACUGUGCCUUUCUUUUACGAAAAGCACGAGGAUCGUGUGGACCCACUUGCUGAGAAGGCGUUUAUUGAGUUAAAGAAGCAAUAUGCAGUUUUUGAUGCCAAAGUUCUGAGUAAGAUCCCAAAAGGGCCAUUGAAAGACAAGAAGCAUGCUUAGAAGAGGGAUGAACAAUGCAUGAUCAUGAUUCAUGGGGAUUGGUUUUGCUUUCCUUUUUACAUUUGGCACGACCUUGGGUUGUUGUUGCAGUUUUCAUUUCUUUGGUUUCUUUUAAAUUAAUGUUUAGCAGUCUUCCCCUCUUACGGUUGCAUUAGACAGACAAACAUGAUAUGAUGCUUUUGCAUAGUAAUUUAUAUUCUGAUGAUGGGUUUUUUCUCCA